GCCAGGGCAGGUGACUCUGAGCAGGAGGUGGGCUGCCCUCGCCCACUGCGUCAGAACGACGCCCACCAGGAGGUUACUGUGGGGCACACGCAGCAGGAGACACCCCUUGGAACCUCUCCUCUCCUCCCUAAUGCCAGGUUAAAACCCUCAACCCCACGUGCUGUUUGCAAACCUACCAGCUACUGACGGACUGACGCCCUGCAGCUAGAGACCUCACUCUAGAGCUGAGACCUCAAUCGCCCAGCCAGCAUGUCAGCUGUGGUCCUGGAGAACGGAGGCUUCGGCAGGAAACUCUCCGACUUCGGACAGGAAACAAGCUAUAUUGAAGACAACUCCAAUCAAAGUGGUGCUGUAUCCCUGAUCUUCUCGCUCAAAGAAGAAGUUGGUGCACUGGCUAAAGUCUUGCGUUUAUUUGAGGAGAAUAAUAUAAACCUGACCCACAUUGAAUCUAGACCUUCUCGUUUAAAGAAAGAUGAGUAUGAGUUUUUCACCCAUCUGGAUAAACAAAGUGUGCCUGCCCUGGCUAACAUCAUCAAGAUCUUGAGGCACGACAUUGGCGCCACGGUCCACGAGCUUUCCCGAGAUAAGAAGAAAGACACAGUGCCCUGGUUCCCAAGAACCAUCCAAGAGCUGGACAGAUUUGCCAACCAGAUUCUCAGCUAUGGAGCGGAACUGGAUGCAGACCACCCGGGUUUUACAGAUCCUGUGUACCGAGGAAGACGGAAGCAGUUUGCUGAUAUUGCUUACAACUACCGCCAUGGGCAGCCCAUCCCUCGAGUGGAAUACACGGAGGAAGAAAAGAAAACAUGGGGUACAGUGUUCAGGACUCUGAAGUCUUUGUACAAAACCCACGCUUGCUACGAGCACAAUCACAUUUUUCCACUUCUGGAAAAGUACUGUGGCUUCCACGAAGAUAACAUUCCCCAGCUGGAAGAUGUUUCUCAAUUCCUGCAAUCUUGCACUGGUUUCCGCCUCCGACCUGUGGCUGGCCUGCUUUCCUCUCGGGAUUUCUUGGGUGGCCUGGCCUUCCGAGUCUUCCACUGCACACAGUACAUCAGACAUGGAUCCAAGCCCAUGUACACACCCGAACCUGACAUCUGCCAUGAACUGUUGGGACACGUGCCCUUGUUUUCAGAUCGCAGCUUUGCCCAGUUUUCCCAGGAAAUUGGCCUUGCCUCUCUGGGUGCGCCUGAUGAGUACAUUGAGAAACUCGCCACAAUUUAUUGGUUUACCGUGGAGUUUGGCCUCUGCAAACAAGGAGACUCCAUAAAGGCAUAUGGUGCUGGGCUCCUGUCAUCCUUUGGUGAAUUACAGUACUGCUUAUCAGACAAGCCGCAGCUCUUGCCGCUGGAGCUGGAGAAGACAGCCGUCCAAAACUACACCGUCACGGAGUUCCAGCCCCUGUAUUAUGUGGCUGAGAGUUUCAAUGAUGCCAAAGAGAAAGUGAGGAACUUUGCUGCCACAAUCCCUCGGCCCUUCUCAGUUCGUUAUGACCCCUACACCCAAAGGAUUGAGGUCUUGGACAAUGUCCAGCAGCUUACGAUUUUGGCCGACUCCAUCAACAGUGAAUUUGGAAUCCUUUGCAGUGCCCUCCAGAAAAUAAAGUGAAGCCAUGGGCAGAACUUGAUCUGUCAAAAGAGAAUCUGUUGCUGGGAAUCCAGCUACUUCUUUCAUCAGAAAAAAAGUCUGAUAAGGACAUGUUAAUUUGAAAUAACAACCUUAAAUCCUUUUGGAACAAGACAGGGAAUUAACAAAUAAAUCAAAAUAAUCUGAAAUGACAGUAUAUUAAAACAUACCCAAAACAUAAUGGUAGAUCUUUUGGGGUCAUCUUUGAUUUAGAGAAGAUAAUUCCAGACUUGUAGUUGAGUUAAAUCAAUAAUCUGUCACAUUUCAUGAGAUUAAUUAAAAUUGAGACCUACUUCAUUCAAGCUUCAUAUAUGCUUUUGUUACUUGUCAUAGAGAACUCAUAAAAGAGUAUAUAUGGGUAAAUGUAAAACAAAAGGCUGUCAUUAGAAUUGUAUUAUUGGAUUUAAUACAAAUCUUGACCUACAAGGUUCAUUUUCUAUUUGAGUUAACUAUGAUUCCAGUUAUUGCUUUGCUAUUGUGUCUAUGUAGAUCUCCUUUAAUUCAGGAGCCCAAUUAAAAUAGUUACAAACAUUUUCUAUAGCAUUAUAUAGAAACAUUUUUGUAUUUUUUUUGUAAUCACAAAUACUGCUGUAUAAGGUAAUGGAACUCCUCACCUAAUCCCCACGAUUUCCAGGAUUGUUUUCCAGUUGAUUGUCAAAUCUGUUCUAGGGGACAGAUUAUGAUGCAGCAGAUGUUGACUAAAGGCCUGCUGGUUGAUACUCAGUAAAUAUUCCUUGAAUAAAUUAGUGAAUAUAUUUUUUUAAAAAAAAUUCACUAUAAAAGUGAGAGUUUUAUUUGUGUUAGAAAAAACAUUAGUAGUUACAAAUUUUUGCAGUUUCAAAUAUUUCCUGGAAUGAAAUAUUCCUCUCUUUGCCUUAGAAAUACAUUAGCUGGAUAAUGUUGAAACACGAAGGAAUGAUCAGAGGCUCCGAUUUCCAUUGCAGGGUCUCAUUGUGAUAAUCAAAGUCAUGACCAGACAGUCAAAGGACUUUGAUUUUUGUGAAUUGUGCAUUAUACAUGAACAUAUGAAUAUCUAAGAAGCAGUGGGGAUAAUAAUAAUGUCUUUAAGGGUGUGAUUUGAAACUUUUACACUACUUUAGAUUUUACUUUGGAAAUAGUUAAGUCAUAAAGGAUUUGCAUAGUGUCUCUUCAAGUGUAGUUCUCAGACCAGCUGUGGCAUCAUCCACAGCAAAUUCUAGGCACCAUCACAGCUCUACCUGAUUAGAAUCUCUGGGGUUGGGUCCUGAGACCUGCAUUUUUAAGUACCCCAGUGUUAUUAGUUUUAUAUUCACAGCCAAAUAUACGGGGUACCUUAAGUUUGAAAAAACUUAACUUCUGACAGCCUGCCACUUGCCAAUGAUGUUGACAUGGAUAAAUCACUUCCCUUCUUUAGAUCUCAGUUUCACUCUAACAAUGAGGGAGUUAAACUAUGUAAACCAUGGUCCUUUCCAGCCUUGAAAUAUGAUUCAAAUGCUCAUAUGUGUCUUCAAAUAGCUGUCCCUGAUCCACUAAUGGGGUGUAAUAAGAACUACCUAACUAUACACUGGGAGGAAAGAGUAAUUUAGUCUGAAUGUGUCUAGGGUCUCAUUGCUUUGAAGUUAGAAUUUUCAUGUCUGUAUCUAUUUUCUCAUGCCUUUGUAAAACCUAGUGAUUUUAAAAGUAGAAAUGGACUUUUCUCCUCUGGCCUUCCCCUAGACACAAAACAUUCUGCAAAUAGGCUAUUUUGAUGUUUCCUUAUUUCACACUAAAAGUAAAUUAUUUACUCUGGAACUUAAAUAUGAAAUAGUACUUCAGAAUGAUAGUGAUUUUUGAACAGUGAUUUUUAGUCCUAGUAAAAAUAUUUUAAUGUUAAAGUUUAGGGGUAAGCUGUGAUUUUCACAGAAAGAAAUUAAAUUCUGGAUGGAAGAUAACCUUUGCAUUUUUGGUGAUGUGCUACUCAGUUCUUAGCUCUUUUUAUCCAGAUAUAAAAGCCCAGUCUAUAGCAAUGGGAUUCAGCACAUUUCCAAUGUGUUAUUAUUAUUAUUUGUUUAAUUUCUAGUAAAUGAAGUAUUUUGGAAACAAUAGUAAUGUUCUACUGAUGGAUGAUCCUGCUGUGUACAAUCAAAAUAAAUGCAUAUAAAAAUUA